CCCAGGAAGAAGAAGGGCAGCAAAGCUGUAUAACAGGACAUGGAAAGUUCAAAACUGACCAAGAAAAGAGCUGGUCAGAAGAGGCAGAGGAGCAGAUCUCCAGCUUUGUCCCCAAGGAACAUCGUGGGCUGCAGAAUUUCUCAUGGGUGGAAAGAUGGAGAUGAUAAGAUCACCCAGUGGAAAGGGACUGUGCUGGACCAGGUGCCAGUAAACCCCUCCCUGUACCUGUUGAAAUAUGAUGGGAUUGAUGCUGUUUAUGCGCUUGAUCUUCACAAAGAUAAGAGGGUACUGUCCCUUAAAGUUCUCGCAAAGAAGGUGGCAUCAUCCCAAGUCACUGAUGCCACCCUUGCUGAUGCCAUAGUUGGCAAAACAGUUCAACAUCUAUUUGAGGGUGAGCAUGGCUCGAAGGAAGAGUGGAGGGGGAUUGUCCUGGGCCAAGCGCCUAUCUUGAAUAACAGCUUUUAUAUAACUUAUGAAAGAGAUCCCAUAUUAUAUGUAUACAAGCUUUUGGAUGAUUUUAAAGCGGGUGACCUCCAUAUUAUGGAGGGGUUGAGUGACCCCCCUCCUUUAGACAUCGAACUGGAGCUUGAGGAUGGACUGAUAGGCAAAAACGUAGAAGACACCAAAAGUGAUGGCUCCAAGAGGGCCGGCAUGAUCAUUAAUCAGUUUGAAACCAGUCCUAGACUCUACCUCAUCAAGUAUGAAGAUGAUGUAAAUAUAUAUGUCACUCACUUGGUGAAAGUGGCCUAAUUGUUUAUCACGGCAU